CUCGCAUCGCCAAUCUGUUGGUACAAACUGCCACAACAGAGAGUGCCCGACACGAAUCCGUCAUAGGCCGAGCUGCAAAAACGAUACAUCAUCACCAAUCACCUGCAUAUUCCAGCCAACCUUCACGAUGUCACUCCGCAUCGUCCCCGCCGAGGGCCACCUGAACUCGUUCAGCCACAUCGCUGAGCGGACAGCGGGCGCACCGUCGGCGCCGGGACUGCACGACACGCUGCGGGCGGGCGUUGGGCCGUCGCCGUACAGCGCCGCCGAGAACAAGCCGACGUCCGCACACCCGCUCGAGGCGCGGCUCAAGUCGUGGGAGGCGACGCGCGAGGCGCUGCGCAUGGAGACGCUGCGGCGGACGUACGGCAUCGCGGAGCCCAUCCGCCGCGGGAUGGAGCUCAAGAUCACGCGCGAGGGCGAGUGGAAACCCAUGGCGCUAGGCGGGACGUCCGGCGGGCUGGGCAGCGUGCAUGAGGAGAUUCUGAGCGGCAGGGACGACACAAUCACGUGGGAGGAUGUCUUCACUGGAGAGGAGUUGAGGGCGCCGGUGGGGAUCCAUGAUGAAAUCGAGAGGAAGUUGAAGAUGCAACCGCCUGCGUAAUAGGCGAGAUGCUUUAGGUGGCGAAUCGAUGGGAUUGCUGUCCGACGGCCCAGCACGCUCUCGGGUACAACCGGGGCGGUUUUGAGACCGUUGGAUCGGCAAUUGUGUACAGUACCUUAUUCAAGUCCAUGGAAUCAAGGUCCAGCACGACAAUACACUACGAAUGCGAGAAAGGUUGGGACGCAGUGUUGACGGCAAUCUUCUGACUUGACGGCAUCUCCUUAUCUUGCAGAGCAAGCAACAAAAUACACGUGUGAACGGGUAACGUCAAGAUCAGCAAACUCAAAGUUAUGUUGCAGACGAUAGCCUUACAGCUAGCCAAGAAGCAA